AUGUUCCGUUCAUCCAGUCCAGCAGUCCACGGGGGCAACCCCUCGACAUGGUUGAAAGCAGUGACGACCCCCUUCCUGCCCAAGGACGCCAGUAACCUGCAGCACCUAAACCAAGAGCAACUGGACACCGAGCCAGAUGAACUGACGGCACACGAUCCAACCCAAAGCUACAACUACAAAGAGCUCGCCAGGAUCCUCGGAAGCCUAGUUCACAUUCUCGUCACCCAGCGGAGGGAGGCCUGGAAGGACCAGGCCCGAACCCAGAGUCGCCUUGAUCAGCUCCUCCUCGAGACCCAGAACCAGCCCGAGAAAGAGGACGCCACAGAUCCAGAGCUACAGAAAGAAGUAGAAAGACUUCAAAAUGCCCUGCAAGAUCUUCGCCUCGACACAGACCAAAGAGGACAGUUGGAGAGAGAAGCCCAAAAGGAACUCAACGAAAAACUCCAGCAAUGUGACACUCUCCUAGAGAGAGCAAAGACUGAACUGAAAGAAAGAGACUCUAAAGCCAGGGCCUACUCAGACCACGGGCUCCUUAACGCUAUGGACCUCAAACAGGGCCGACUUGAAAACCCACAGACUUUCUACAGUCAACUACGGAAAGCCUACUUCGGAGCACGCAACGAACCAGGUAUGGAACAGGAUGUCAACUUUAAAACUCUGUUCCUCCGAAACCUACAUGCCAGUUGGAGUUUUCAUCUCGGAGUCUCAGCGUGUCCGUGUAGCAUGUCUACACAAGAGUCAUGGGACUUAGCCCACAAAGCUUACACCAAGCAAAAGACUAUUUCUGAAAAGACUGUGAAAAACCCCACAAUCUACUCUGUCUCUGAGCACUGCUCGGAGUUGACCCUAGAGGGCGCCCCACAACACCACAGUCACAGACCUUUUUACAGAGAGUCAAGACCGUUCCAAGCCAGCAGAGGGCUACAUAAUCGUGGUGGUGCUCGUCCAAAGCACCAGAGCAAGCGCUAUGAAAGAUUCUGGGACCGGCGACCCAAAAAGAGCCGAUCCCCACCGUCCAGGACACAAAGCCCCGACAGCCGGCAGUGGAACCACUCUCGACACGACACUGACAAGAAAGACGAACCACCAGACAUCUUAUGUCUAAGCAUAAGAACUGAAACCAACACCCUGUCUAACUGCCAUCUGACUGAGCCAAGCACCCCGAACACUGCUCGUCAUCCACAGACCACAGAGCUAACUGUCACAUCACAAGGUGACAGCAUCACCCAAGCUCCACAGCUGACAGCUGCACACCCUGAACGAGACAGCACAGUUCCUCACACCAGGUACAACAAUCCCAAGGUACCAGAAAAUGCUGUUUUGGCUACCUGCCUCCGCAGCGAGCUACACGAGACCGGUCCUAACCACCCAUCGAUCGUCACACCUGCCCCGAUGCCAACAUUCCUGGGCAACCUUGUCGAAAAGGGGGUGGGCCGAAAACUCCACCUGAACAUCACGUUAGGAAAAGGAGUGAGCAUGGAAGCCCUGAUCAACACAGGAUCAGACCUUACAGUGAUCUCAUCUCAACUUUUCAAAAGACUCCAAUUUGAAGCUAAGAGACAAGAUCGAACUCUUACACCUCAAACUUGUGAACUGAAUGUACAGUCAUACAGCCAGAAUGACAUCCGGUUUGACAAGGUAGCUUCCAUUCACCUGACGAUUGGUCCUAUGAGUCUAGUACAUCCUGUGUACAUUUCACCAAUGGACACUUACCCACUCCUCAUCGGCAAAGACCUGCUAGAUCGCUUUGAACCUUUACUGGACUUCAAACAGCUAAAAGUCUGGGCUCAAGUGCGAGAAACUCUUCCCCUCCAGCCACACAGGUCGCCGGUGACAGACUGUCAGGUCACAGAGGUCACGGGAACUCCCACAGAGCCAGACUGCCAGGUCACAGAGCUCACGGGAACCCCAGCAGCCAGCCAUGGGUACACAGCCUCAACAACAAACCAGGGCUCAAGUUCGCUCCUCUGCACCUUAGUCAACGAACAGGGAACGGUGAUACCAGCUUACACCAAAGGGGUCGCUGCUCGGCUCAACAUGCGAUGUGGUCAAACCUUAAACCACACGCUGGGUUUCUUCCAACCCUCACCUGAAUGUGUGGAACUCGGACUCACACUUGAAGCCACACCCCUCACUGAAGUGUCAUCUCAUAUAGUUUACAUCCUGUGCAACAACUGGACGGUAACUGACAUCAACAUUCCCAAGGCCUACCGGCUGGGAUGGCUAGUGAGCCAUGACUUUCAUGACUUUGAACGUGUACGACCUGUCAUAGGGCCCAUUCCACCUGCACUGAUACCCGAAGGGAGUACAGACAAAACAUUGUUCACUGCACCCUUCAAAUUCAUCGCCAUCACAUCUGUCAUGUCAGUGACCAAAGACCAGGUGUGCAGAACGGAGCUGACCGAGGACCAACACCUCGCAGUAUACACAGUCUCCCACCAGAGCGUCAGUGAGACUGAUGAACCUGCUACACCUCUUAAUACCAAACCGACUGAUGACACACCGAUGGAGAAGCCUUACCCAUGUUUUGAAUCUCCAGUGCAGCGAAUUCUACAAGACGCUAAUGCACUUCAGAGCGAUACAGUUCGUCAAGGACUCAGACAAGUUCUUUAUAAAUUCAAAGAAUCCUGUGCCAAAGACUCUUUAGACUGUGGUCUUACCAACCUCCACAUGGUGCACAUCCCUACGCACCCUGAUGCUCCUCCCACUUUUGUCAAACAGUACAAGAUUCCCAUCGCCUCACACGAACCAGUGCAGGAGAUGAUCGAAUCUAUGCUUGAGAAAGGUGUCAUCCGUCCACGCAACAGCACCUACUCAGCCCCCAUCUGGCCCGUCCUCAAACCUAACGGCGAAUGACGACCCACCAUUGAC